UCACGCUGUGUUUCAUCAGACCACUGCACUAGCAAUGCGAGUGGCGCACGUGGACCUGCAAACUCUCCUGACGACUUUUUGAAAAAUAAUAAUUAUUAAAAGACAUGCUGAAAGGAUCUGCUAGAUAUACAGUUUCACAAAGUUUACAAUUAUAUUUCAUUAGUCUUAAGUUCAUUCCGAACCAGAAACUGUGCUCUAUGACGCUGUAAAUUUGAGCUCACGCUAAAUUAAUAGUGAGAAUGCGGGAGCUGUCAGAGUAGUUUUCUUUAGGUUUUUUUUUUUUUUUAACCACUCCACAUUAAUUGAGAUCAUUAUGGUGGACAAGGGUCCCCUUCUGACUUCGGCUAUCAUUUUUUACCUGUCCAUCGGUGCAGCAAUAUUUCAAGUCAUCGAGGAACCGAAUUGGGAGACCGCAGUAAAUAAUUAUAAAGAAGAAAAGGAAAAAAUAUUGAAACAAUUCCCAUGUCUUACAAAGGUUGACCUGGACCGCAUUCUAAAGGUGGUGUCUGAUGCUGCAGGCCAAGGCAUCACCAUCACAGGAGACAAAACCUUUAACAACUGGAAUUGGCCCAAUGCUGUCAUUUUUGCUGCUACAGUUAUUACAACUAUUGGUUAUGGAAAUAUUGCUCCCAAAACACCUUCAGGGAGGGUGUUCUGUAUUUUUUAUGGUCUUUUUGGAGUGCCGCUGUGUUUUACUUGGAUUAGUGAACUUGGAAAGUUUUUUGGUGGAAGAGCUAAACAUCUUGGGCAAUAUCUUACUAAGAAAGGGGUAACAUUGCGGAGAACACAGUUCACCUGCACAGCUGUCUUUCUGUUAUGGGGUGUGUUGGUGCAUUUGGUGAUUCCCCCAUUUGUAUUCAUGUCUCAAGAAGGCUGGACCUAUAUCGAGGGCUUGUAUUUUUCUUUUGUCACUUUGACAACAAUUGGAUUUGGUGAUCUUGUAGCAGGUGUUGACCCCAGUGCUGACUACCCUACUUUGUAUAGGUACUUUGUAGAGGUGUGGAUUUAUCUUGGUCUUGCAUGGCUCUCUUUGUUUUUCAACUGGAAGGUGCGCAUGGUUGUGGAGGCUCACAAGGCUCUAAAGAAGCGCCGUAAAAGGCGCAAACUUUCUCUGGAUGAGUUGCAGCGCAUCAAGGAAAAUCACAAGACCCUACAUCUGCCACCAACUCCUAAUGAUGCCAACAUAUUUAGCUUCUUGUCCAAGAGAAAAGAAUGUUAUAAUGACUUAAUCAAGCAGAUAGGUACAGAGAAGGAAGGAGAAGCUCAACAUGUCAGCUUUAUCACUGGCAGCAAGAAUAAAACGAUAAACCGCUCAAAGAGCUGCAGUGAUAGUCUUUGCAUUAAUGGAAAUUCCAUUCUCAGUCUAGACCGUUCACCUCGACAGAAGCGCCACUAUAGCUUCAGUGACAGAGUUACUGUAGCUCUCUCCAAAUCCAAGAGCUACCUUCCAAGGGCCUACCAAGAAGAACGAUGCCUCAUGAAUGAAAGGCAUGGGGAAGGAGAAAAAGACACCGACCUAGACUGUAUAAGGUUGUAUGAGAAUCAGUUGGACAAGGAGGCAGGAGAGGACCAUAAAGGUCUUGAACCUAGAGGCUGCAAUGAUGGCCGGAUCACAUGGGACUCCAAAAGUUACCAAACCCUCAUGUUUCCCAAUCCCAACAUUACCUUCAUUGAUGAAGAGAAUUUGCUAAUAAACAACUUGGAGGAUAAUGAUAAUGACUUUAUAGCUAAGUUCUCAACUGCUUAUGAGACAGAUUUCAAAAAGGGACAGUUCACGGAAUCAGAGACCUCUGUAUUCACCACAGAAGGAUCGGACCAUGACCAACAGCUGGUGGAAGAGUAUUCCAAAGAGGACAACACUGACAUUUGAUUCUGUCUCCUUUCAAAAACUUCUGUAAAAAAAUGUAUUUCAUGGAAACCAGAAAUGAUACAUCAGAUGUGUCUAAACUGCAGGGUUUAAUAGUCAAUAUGACCUAAAUCACUAAAAAUGCAUGUUCUCUGCAUGUUUUUCCCCACCAUAUUGGUGGAAUAUUUUUUAGAUAAGAAAGAGGAAAUAAAACUGUCAAAGCUUAAUCCUUAUUGGAUGCUGAACCUAUUUUUAUUGUCUUCCAUUUUAGCCCAAGGUUUUCUAUUGGGUAACCAUGUCGACCUUUUAGGUCUUAUCUUGGGAUUUGUUUUAAAAGUUAUGCCAUGGUUUGACUGUUUAACACUGAUUUUAAUUCCAAGUCUUUUAUUGAUGCAGGCAUUGUUUGUAUGUUCCUAAAAUGUGUUAACUCCUAUAACUGACAAUACAUCCACACUGAUAAUCCACACUGAAAUACCCUAUGGGCCUUGCUCUGUGUCCCUGUCAAUUCAAGAAGACAGUAGUUGAAUAGACCCGAGAUUACAGGAAAUCAACCAAGAUAACAGGAAAUUAUUGCAGUUAGUUUUCCUAACAUAAUAAUGACUGUUUUGGUGUCUGACUCAUGUGUUGACAUUAUGCUGGUUCCAUGUUGACAUAAAACCAACAUACAAAAUAACCAUUAUAAUGCCCCAAGGGAUUAAAAAAUAAAAUUCCUAGUUGUGGUUGCCUUCACUGAGCUUUGUUUUCUCACAUGAUCCUCUUGCAUCAUGAUACUGAAUGCCCCUUGUGUGUAGAGAUGCAUCCUGAGUCAGUUUCGUUUUGCAGAUGUAAUUUUGUAUUUUAAGAGCGAUUCCUUAAUAAUCUUUUGGAAUUUCUUUUUUUCUUAUUUUAAUAAAAGUUGAUUGAAUUUA